GCACGUAGAGGCCGAUCGAGCGGCCGGCCAGAACAGGAGUGUUUGGGAAGACAUGGGGAGGCCGCCGUGCUGCGAGAAGAGCGGGGUGAAGAAGGGGCCCUGGUCGCCGGAGGAGGACCUCCUGCUCGUCUCCUACGUGCAGGAGCACGGUCCUGAGAACUGGCGCGCCGUGCCUAGCAACACCGGUCUGAUGCGCUGCAGCAAGAGCUGCCGGCUCCGGUGGACCAACUACCUCCGCCCGGGCAUCAAGCGCGGCAACUUCAGCGACCAGGAGGAGAAGCUCAUCAUCGAGCUCCAGGCACUGCUCGGGAACAAGUGGUCCACGAUUGCGUCGUACAUGCGGGAUCGGACGGACAAUGACAUCAAGAACUAUUGGAACACGCACCUGAGGAAGAAGCUCGCCAAGACGUGCGCCAGUGAAAGCGGUGCCUCCGGCGGCUCCGCCAAGACGAAGGGCGAUGGGGCAGCCGCGCCCGCGCCCGCGCCCAAGGGGCAGUGGGAGCGGCAGCUGCAGACGGACAUGCACACCGCACGCCAGGCUCUCCAGGAGGCGCUGUCCAUCGACACCGCGCCGCCGCCACCGGCGGCCAUCAAGCCGGAGCCGCUGCCGCUAGCGCAGCUGCCGGCGCCAGCCCUCAGCCCGGCGAUGUACGCUUGCAGCAUCGAGAACGUUGUGCGCGUGCUGGAGCUCUGGAUGCAACGCAGCGCCAGCGAGAAGGCGUCGGCCCAGUCGAUGACCUCCAUCUCGGCGGUCUCCGGUGGUGGAGAGGGCGGGUCGGGAAGCCAGAGCGGCACGGCGCGCGCGCUGGAGGGGUUCACCGGGAUGACAAAGGUAGAUGGCGCGGGUGGCGCAGGGCCGGGGCCGUCGUCGUCAUUACCGAUGCUGGAGAGCUGGCUGCUCGACGACGGCAUGGGGCAUGGUGACGAGGGCCUCUUCUGCGUGCCGCUGGCGGACCCGUGCGAGUUCUUUUAGACUAGACUGGAGGAUAAGGAAAAGCAAGAUAAAAGUGACUGGGCUGGAAGAAAAAGAAGCCAGGAACUCGAAUCCCUGCUAAUCUAGAUCGACAUAACGCAAUGCUUGGUGUUGAUCUGGUUUAGCUGUUCAAUCCAGUUCCUUGCUUCUUUUUGUUUGCAUUUAGAUUUUAUUCCUUUUUCGUUUUUUAGUAAUCAGUCCUACAGAGGAUGAUGGAUUAUGAUCCAUG